AGAAAAUUUUAGUAGUUUUUCGAGGAGGAAAAUAAAUGGACGAACUUGUCUAAAAUUCGUUCAAAACUAGGAAUAAUGAGAAGAAUAAUGUACUUUCGAUUUCCCGCCACUUCUCAAUACUUCAGUGUUUACAUUUUUUUUUUAGUUUUGUUGGUUCAUACGGAGUUAUCGUAUUGCCAUUGGGGGUAUUGGGCUCCACCUGAGGAUAUAGUCCUUUCAUCGCCCGAGGAAUGCGCUCGAAACUGCAAUGAUAAUGAAGAACCAAAAAAUUGUUACUAUAAAUUCCACAUUGAAUUCUACACGACAUUAGGAGCUGCUUGCGAUGAAAAAAACCAAACCCAAUGCAUUAUUGCUGAUGGUUUCGAGAAGACGUUGAUACCCAUCAAUCGGCAAUUACCAGGACCUCCAAUCCAGGUAUGUGUAAAUGAUCGAAUUAUAGUCGAUAUAGAAAACGCUGCGGGUGGUAUGGAAGUUGUAAUGCAUUGGCACGGACUCUUCCAAAAUGGAUAUCAGUAUUAUGACGGCGUUCCUUUUGUUACUCAAUGCCCAAUUCCAUCUUCAACAACGUUUAGAUAUGAUUUCGUGGCGCAAAAUGCAGGGACACACUUCUAUCAUUCUCACAUAUCAACCCACAUGCUAGAUGGACAAAUUGGACCUCUUAUUAUAAGACCUCCUUCAUCCCUGGAACCUUUCAUCAAUAUAUACGAUACCGACGAAAACAUAAUAUUCUUAAUGGAUUGGAUGCAUGCAUUGUCCAUGGAACGCUUCCCGGGUUUUUACAGACAAAAUUUGGGGCAAAUUGCGGAAAACAUAUUAAUAAAUGGUUUGGGUAAUUGGACGGAUCCAAUUACCAAACGGACUACUAAUGGAAAACUGGCAGUAUUUACAGUGGAAAAAGGAAAACGCCAUCGAAUGCGUAUGAUUAAUUCCUUCACUACAGUAUGCUUAGCAGAACUCACAAUCGAGGGCCAUGAUAUGCUUCUAAUUGCACAGGAUGGUGCAAAUGUAAAACCUAGAAGAGUGAAUAGCAUAAUAUCAUCUGCAGGUGAACGGGUAGAUUUCAUUUUAAAUGCAAAUAGAAAAUUGAACUCUUAUUGGAUCCAUGUACGUGGUCUUGGGGAAUGUGCAGAAAAGAGUGUACAGCAAUUAGCUAUCUUAAAGUAUGCAGGUGGUCCUUCGAAACCAUCGUCACCACCUCCGUCUUACAAUACUGUACCAUCUGGUGUUAUAUACAAUUCGUUAGAUGGAACAAAGUGUAAUACAAAAGAUACAACAACUGCACUUUGUGUCAAUCAGUUGGAAAGUUUAGAAGAUGAGUCAGAGCUUCUUAAAGUAGAACCAGAUGAGCGACAUGUACUAAACUUUUGGUUCUUCAAUUAUACUCAGUAUGGAAAUAACAUGCUGUUUAAAGCAGAUACAUACCGCACCUUUUUCGCUGCUAAUGAUAAAUCUCAGCUUGCUUCUAUGUUCAACGAUAUCGAAUACGAAGUAUCGUCUUCGCCUUUGCUCUCGCAACCCCGCAGUAGUUAUCAAACCGUGUGCAAACAUAAUCAACUCAGUACUUGCACUCAACCUUGUACAUGCACUCAAGUUAUUCAUUCAAGAUUAAACAAUGUUAUUGAACUUAUAAUUUACGAUGAAGUGCCACAGACUGAUCUUCAUCAUCCAUUCCAUUUGCACGGUUACGAAUUCAGAGUAUUUAGCAUAGGUCAAUUUGCUGACAUGAGAAAUAUAUCAAAAGCAGAUAUAGACCAAAUAAUUGACGAGCACACGGAACGCCUUCAACGAGGAGAAUACACAAAUCCACCUGGCAAAGAUACUGUGAAGAUUCCAACGGGCGGAUAUGUGAUUUUACGCUUUAAAGCAAAUAAUCCAGGUUAUUGGCUACUUCAUUGCCACUUCACUUGGCAUCAUCUCACUGGAAUGGAAUUGGUUAUCCAUGUAGGCGAUUUAGAAGAUCUUCCACCAGUUCCACCUGAUUUCCCAGAAUGUGAUAAUUGGAAACCACCGUUGCACACUCUGAACGAAUUUUACGGCUUCCGAUAUCCACAAUUGUAAUAAACAAUUACUGUAUUCUAUGUUAUGUUCAAUAAUAAACAAGUCUUCUCCUCGUUA